UUUCAAGUGUGGAAUCUUCCUCCACCAGGAGAGAUUGCAACCCAUCUAUAACUUAGUUUCAGGGAGCUGCUUUGGACUCGGGUCUUCCUGACUACAAAACUGACACCCUGUACCCUGCUGCCUCUGGCCCAGCUUUCACUAUGGCCAAUAGAAUCUCCUCCUAAGACCAGCAAGCCUUGAUGGCAGAGCUACUUCCUAAGCACAAGAACUCCAUCAAGUGUUCUGUUUUUUCCAAAGACUAUUUGAAUAAGCUCUCAGCAAAGACACUCCGUGCCUGUCUAGUUUGCUCCCCCAGUUGCUCCACCUUUUAACUUCACCAUCUGCGUUGCCAGGCUGAGUCCCCCAUCCUGAGCCUUGCCCCUGGACCUUGCCUCGUAACUGGGUCUCUCCCUGGGAGCAGCAAAGAGCUCACAGAGCAGCUGUGUGCUCACAUAGGCUCUGGAGCAAGUGGCCGCCAUCCGAGUUCUCCGUCAGGGGGAGAGACAGCCCUGUGUAUCCCCGAUUCAUUAAUAAUGGAUUGCCAAACUCUUCCUGCUCAGCUCACUGGUCACCUAAUUGACUUAGGAGAGGGCUCAGCCGCAUUCGUUGUCAUACCACAGUAGUCAUGAUUCAGUCCCCCUCCAGAAAGCCACUGAGAAGACCAGGGACGGAGCAGCCCCAGCCGAAGCCUGGGCACACUCAGCCAGCACCCUCGUCUCCAGGGAUAUUUGCCCCUCCCCUGUGGGCUCCCGGGUACGAGUUACAUCAUGCAUGGGAGCUACUGUGACACGGCACCUGUGAGUGGAUUUUCUCCCUUCUCCGAAAGGAAGUGAGAGAUUGAGAAAUUUUUUUUAUUUUUUUUUUAUUUUUUUGCUUCAUGCCUACGAGAAACCCAUCUCGGAGAAUGCCCAUUCUCGGGUGAAUUACAGAACAAGAUGAAACUUUGAAAACUGUCUGGGAGCUUAGCACAUGAUUGACAAGGAAAGGGAAGGCAUUCCCCAGACACAGUGGGGAUGUGAGAGAGAAAAUGAAAUGGCCUCAACCCAUCGGCCUGGCAAGUCUUCUUUAACAAGGUAUUUUAUGAUACGUUCCUGGAUAUUUUAUAUUUUUCCUUUUUCAAACAUCAACCAAUAAAAGAUGCUACUGGUUUUGUGGGGUUGGCUUUUUUCCUACUUUACCUUUGACAGUCCUUGAGUGGCCCUCUGGAUUCUUCAUCUCCCCAUGAAUAAACUGUAUUCCAGAAGGGAAACCAGCUUCUGGAAGACAAGCUGCUUCUGAUACAUAACAAAACGAGAAGAAGGAAAAAAAAUCUAGAGAGAAACCCAAAGGAAAAAGGUAGCCACCAUGCAGGUGUCUUUUGUAUGUUCAGAACAUAGCCUGAAGAGCCGAGGUGCUGAAGACAGACUUGGUCGGCAGAAUGCCGGCAGCCCCAGCCUGGGCACCAGGAGCAAGUUCCGGGCAGUGGCCAUGGUGGCCCGGAGCCUGGGACAGCUGUCCGUGCACAACGUUCCUCCAUCCAGCGACCCCAACAUGAAGCAGCCUGGGAUGAAAUAUAGGAAUCUAGGAAAGUCCGGAUUGCGCGUCUCCUGCCUGGGUCUCGGAACAUGGGUGACCUUUGGAGGCCAGAUCACUGAUGAGAUGGCAGAACAGCUGAUGACCUUGGCUUAUGAUAAUGGAAUCAACCUGUUUGAUACAGCCGAAGUCUAUGCUGCUGGAAAAGCUGAAGUCGUCCUGGGAAAUAUCAUUAAGAAGAAAGGAUGGAGACGAUCUAGCCUGGUCAUUACAACCAAAAUCUUCUGGGGAGGAAAAGCAGAGACAGAGAGAGGCCUGUCCAGAAAACACAUAAUAGAAGGGCUGAAAGCCUCUUUGGAACGGCUACAGUUAGAGUACGUGGACGUGGUAUUUGCCAACAGGCCUGACCCUAACACUCCUAUGGAAGGGGACCCAUUUAGUUCUUCCAAGUCAAGAACAUUCAUCAUAGAAGAGACCGUCCGAGCCAUGACGCACGUCAUCAACCAAGGAAUGGCCAUGUACUGGGGCACAUCCCGCUGGAGCUCCAUGGAGAUAAUGGAGGCCUAUUCAGUGGCUCGGCAAUUUAACCUAAUCCCACCGAUCUGCGAACAAGCUGAAUAUCACAUGUUCCAGAGGGAGAAGGUGGAGGUGCAGCUCCCAGAGUUAUUCCACAAGAUAGGUGUGGGCGCAAUGACCUGGUCCCCUCUUGCAUGUGGAAUUGUUUCUGGAAAAUAUGACAGUGGGAUUCCACCCUAUUCCAGGGCCUCGCUAAAGGGAUACCAGUGGCUCAAGGACAAGAUCCUGAGUGAGGAGGGCCGCCGUCAGCAGGCCAAGCUGAAGGAACUCCAAGCCAUCGCAGAGCGCCUGGGCUGUACGCUCCCCCAGCUGGCCAUUGCCUGGUGUCUGCGGAACGAGGGCGUCAGCUCCGUGUUGCUAGGUGCUUCUAAUGCGGACCAGCUAAUGGAGAACAUUGGUGCGAUACAGGUUCUUCCCAAAUUGUCGUCUUCCAUCAUCCAUGAGAUUGAUAGUAUUUUGGGCAAUAAACCCUACAGCAAAAAGGAUUACCGAUCCUAACCCUCCCUUCCUCCCUCCCUUCCCACCCGGAUCUGCUUGGACAGUUACUUUUCCCCUCCUACCUAGUCUCCUGUUCGUUUGCUUAAGCUGUUAUUGAAGCAAGGCAAUGUGCUUUUGCAUCCAAGAAUAUGUGUCGAGAUGUCCCAGGGAAGAUCUUUCAGAUGUUGCUGUGAGACCACAUAACGCUGCUUUACUAUAAUAAAGUUUAUUUCGUGCUCAAGAAACAGUCCAGGUGAGGAAGGCUCCCCCAACGUGCUCUCCGCCCCGACAGGCUGUCUCUGCUCAGCUCAUCCUCUUGGAAAAAGGCAAUCAAGGUUCCCCCUUCCUCCUCCUCCUCCUCCUCUUCUGCCUCAUCCAGACAAAGCUCCCUGAACAGACCUAAUCUAGAACUGGUUUCUGUUGUCUGAUCAGAGAUGUGGUGAGUUCUACUUGGAGAAGCCCCCAUCCAUGUGUGUUUGGAAGUACUUUGUUGUUUUUCUGUUUAAACAUACACACAAUGUAUUUCGAGAAUGCAGUUUUUCAUGGUAGCCAUGGAUGUCUGUGUUGACCAGAUGAGCAAUAAGGAAGCCUCCAGAAUAUCCCCUCCCUUCACUCCCCAGCUAGUACAGGUUGCCGUCAACCUUUUCUCGGUGGUAGCUGUCCAUUCUUGGUUUCUCAGCAGAACACCGGCCCAGGAUUGGAGGGUUUGCUCAAAGAAUACUUUCCCUCUUCUUGCCUCCCCCACCACAGCCUCCAUGACUGUCCCAUGCUCUUCCUUAUUUGUAGGCUUCAGGCUUCAUUUGAGAUUCUAGAAAGAUACAGAGAUCUCCUUGUAUCUGACCCUGGAGUUUAGUUUAAAGGUACAUCUCUGCUUUCCCCAAUGGCCCAGAAAAAGUCAGAGUGGAUCCAGGGACAGCUGGGAAAUGAAAAUGGAACUUAAGGAGUGCUUUUAGUACGGCCCCCUGUUUAGGAAGGAGGCCCUGGUUUUCCACACAUCAUACCAGAGGGAGAGUCUCAAAAAGAAACCCAGCAGCCACAUUGCCAGAAUAGCAGGAAAGAAUGGCCACCCCAGAAGUGUCCUUCCCCAAAACUGACAGCAUCCCAUUCUCCUUUGUGAGACUAAAGGACAACUUGGGAUAACUGGAUAAUGCCCCAAGAGGGAAAGUCUGAGACAUGGGCUUUUAUGAAGUAGAAGAUGGUGGGGCAGCUAGGUAGCACAGUGGAUAGAGUGCCAGGCCUAGAGUCAAGAGGACCUGGUUCCCAAUCUGGCUUCAUACUUCCUAGAUGUGUCACUCUGGGCAAGUCCCCUAACCUCAACUGCCUAACCUUUGCCACUCUUCUGUCUUAGAACUGAUACAAAGACAGGUGGUACACGUUUAAAAAAAUACUUAGAAGGAUCCUUAGAGGUCCUCUAGCUCAACCCCCUUUUACAGAUGAGAACACUGAGGCCCAACGAGGUAAAGGGACACAAGAGGGAUGACCCCAGUCCUCUCACUCUUCCAGGCUCUUUCCACAAUGCCAUACUCUCUUCCUCCACACCAAACUGACCCCCUGGCCUCCCCAUCAAUAGAUGAAUUCCUAAAAAAGCCUUGUCAGCCCUUCUUUCUUAUAUUCUCCAAGGUAGCCACCUGCUCCCGAAUCCUGUCCCUCAGUGUGCUUCCAGAGACCCCAGCAGGACACCUGGCACUUUUUAAUCUCCUCCAAUGACCUGGCCCAGAGCAGAGUGGCUAGAAAUCCAGACAGGCAGCAACCCAGCUCUCUCUCAGAAGGAUAAACCUUGGGGUUCACGAAUGUGACUCCAUUCUGCCUUUGAGACUUUGGCCAGAGGGUGAGUUCUCCCAAGGCAACCCCCACUCUCAAGGCAAAACAUACACAUAUAUACAUACACGUACACUCACAGUGCACCAGAAAUCCAAAUCUCAAAGGAAACAUGGCAGGCCUUCCUGGGCCACCCAGGAAACGUACACAGGGCUGAUUUUACCCAUCCCCCAGUCAUCAGAUGGGGGAAGAGCCACAGCGUGUCCUGAAAUUCUGAGAAGAGGACGAUAGGAAAUCACAUUCCCUCUCCAGCUGUAUCUUUCUUCCCCUCCCCAGCCCUUAAUGGCCAGUGGCUUUGGGGGUGUUCUCUGUGUCUGGAGUACAUCCAUCCCUCCUUUGUUUCUGAGAAGCUGGUAUUCCCAGAAAUUACCCAAAGGCCAGAAGGAGCCGCCACAAGGUAGCGAUGUUGCCCGUGGUAACUGGUGUGAACCAAACCACGUGAGCUCAUGAAAAUCCAGACAUUCCACUGGCACCUGGUUGAAAUUUGCCCAGGAACAGGAGAGUCUAGCCCUUGAUCCCUCCCUCAACAGACUAUCCCAGCAUCUCCUGAGGAGCUGAUCCCAACCCACAAGCUAUGAAGGCUUCCUCCUAGAGUAGGAAAAGGAAAGGGAGCACAAGAAAGAGAAUCUCUAGAGAGAGAACCAAUAUCAGAAAUCACUGGGAGCUCCUCUGCUGGCCAAAGCGUUAUAAAAUGCCCGCUCUGUCAAGCACCAUAUCAAGCAGUGAGAUUUUAGGAGGAUGGGCAAAAAGGAGGCCAGACUAGAGUCUCUAUGAAGCUAACAGGCACUCUUAGUUAAGUCUGUCUUGUAAGAGAAGCCCCUGCCUUGCCCACCCCAUCCAUCACCCAAUGAUUAGAAUGAGUCCCCAGGAAAGUGGCGGAAAGGUGGUACUGAGCAGGGAGUAGUGCCUGUGGUAAGACAGCCUCGGUGCCAGCUCUGCCAGAGAAGCUGCCAGUGUCUGAGCCAGGAGUGACCUCUCUCAAACAUUGCUCCUAGUUCUUCCCCGAAGGGUCAAGCACAAUGAGGGAGCUUAUCCGGGGUACACGGGGUACCCCAAUUAGCUGUGUCCAUCAGUUAAACCAGUCAAUCAACAAGCAUUUAUUGAACAUCUCCCAUGUGUCAGGCACAAUGCUGGGUGCUGGAGAUACAAAAACAAAGAAUGAAACAUGUCUUGGGGCACAGAAAUGUGAGGCCAGCCCAGCACAGAGGGUGGUUCUCUGGGCUUGCACCAUCCUGGCUUCCCAAGGUGAUCAGGGCUGCAAAGGAUGGAAUCAGCAUGAAUGAUGCUACUGAGAGGGCCUGGAUUCUAGCAUCACAAGCUCUAAUGUCUUUAUGUGGUGCCACAGACUUCCCUGUGUACCCCACAGGCUUCAGGGCAGGUAGGGGCUAAUGAUCCUUGUCAAGGGUCCCUUAACCCUUCAGGCCCUAUUCCCUCCUUUGUAAAACUAAGCAUGUGCACGUCCCUUCCACCACUGAUGCUCCAUUGAUUCAGUGACUUGAUGACUUGAAAAAGCAGCAGCACCCAUUGUGGCCCAUGAUGGGUUCUCCAGGCCAGGGGAGGCUGACCUCCUCUGUGGGCAAACCCAGACCUUUCACUGUUCUCAGGAGGAAGCCAUCUCUGCUUCCUUUUACUGACCAGCCUGGACCCAUAGAAUCUCAGAGUUGGAAGUGACUUGGGCAGAUGAGGAAGAACCUAACCCAACAAGUAGUCAUCAAGAACCUCCCACCACCUCCCAACUUAUUCCUUUCAUUGAGCCUAAAUAUGUCUCCUGGUUCUGCAGAAGGUAAUCUUUCUUCCUGAGAAGGUCCCCUUGCCAGGAAGGAGAGCCUCCUGCUUACCCAGACAAAUGGGCAUGCCUCCAUCCAGCUUGGCCAAAGCUUGAUGCUAACAUGGGCGCUACAGCAGGAGCUUGAGCCAGGAAGGACCCCCAGCUUGGUUCCUGGCUGCCAAUAGGUUCAAUGAAAAGAUGAGAGAAUAUGGAAGUCCCAGGAGACCUUCAGUAGUGGCUCAAAAACAUAAGAACUGAUGAAAAACCCCAGGGGAGCCCAGUGCGCAUUGGAUGUAUCACCAGUAGAAAUAGAGAAUUGGAAGAAAUGCGAGUGGCCAGCUCAUAUCUAAAAGGAUGCACCGGAUUUAGAGCUGGGAAGGACCUUAGAAGCCAACCAGGCCAUCUGAUGCCAUGGAGCCCUUGGGCAAUGUGCUAAAGCUUAUGGUCUCCUUCCAGUGCAUAAAAUCAAAUGCAUGGGAUUACAAGAGAAACCACUUAUUCUGACAUAGUGAUCAGUUUUUUUAAGUUCCUGGGACCAAGUUCAGAACCCCUGGUCUAAGUUAACCCCUUUGAUUUCAGUGGGUUCAAUAAAACUCCUUUUCAGAUAAAAAACUGAGACCCAGAAGGCCAAAGUGAUUUAGGCAAUGUCACAUAGUGUUAGAGGCAGGAUUAGAAUCCAGAUCCUCUAGUUUCCUAGUCAUUUUACCAAAUGGUGUCUGUUGUGCAUUAACAAGAACAUCACAGGCCUCAAGGUGGGAAGGAGGGUGCCUCCUGCUGGUACCAUGGCAACAGGAAUAGUCCUGAGCCUCUCUGUUAGCAACUCAGAUACCCAGCCAUGUGCCCAGGUGCUGAGUGCCAGGAAGGGCGCCCUCACCACCCUCCUCAAGAGGUUUUAAAAGCAGGCCAGUGUAGACAGGAAGAAGCAAGGCUCCAGAAUGGACACCGGGAGGAGGCAGGGAGGAUCUAGAGGAGGAUGCCAGGACAGGAUGAGGUAGCCAACACCCUAAGAAUGUCUCAUAGCUCUGACCCCAGUUAUGGAUGGGAGUCUGAUUUCUGGAAGAUACAGUAUUGAAUAUGGAAUAUUUAUUGGUGCAGAACAUCAACACCACUAAAUAUCCCCAUUCAUAAAGCCCAGAAGUGGUCAGGCAUAGAGAACAUGUCUCCUGCAGUGUUUUUUGCUUUAUGGGUCCAGAUUCGGGGAUGGGAUGGCUCUUUCCAACUCUUCAAACUACAGUGCUGAGCCUAGAGGUGGAGAUACGCAAUACAUACAGGAACUGGCCCUGUUCCUUGCCUCCCCCUUAAAGAUGGCCAAAGGGCCAAUGGAGAAAAGAGUGCUGGGGGAGAGGCAAGCCAUGGGGAAGAGGGACUGCAGUGUAGUCCUGGCCAUUCCCUCAAUCCAGCUAGGAUCUAGGGCAUGCCCCCUCCAUACACUCCAUCAGGUGGGGAGCGUGAGAGUCAGGAAAGAGAUCUGGCUGCCCUUCUGAACACUCCAUCAGGUGGCGAGUGUGAGAGUCAGAGAAGAGGUCUGGCCCCAGAAAGGCUUGAGGGAGAAGAGGUUGGGAGGGAGAAUCCUCUACCAGCCUUGCUAGCUCCACCCUCUGGGUCUUUCUCUUUCCUCCAACCCAGGGUGCAUAUUAUUAAUGUUGUCCAGAGUUCAAGUGACAAAAUUUUUUUUAAAAACCCAUUCAGAGUGUCUGAACCUAAACCAAUCAUCUUUCCCAAAAGCCAUUCGAUCAGAGAAUUUUUGUCUUUUUUCCGUGUGUCCUGAACCUUAUCAGUGGCGGUCUGGGGACACCUCUGGAUCCCUUCUCAGAAUCAGCUUUUUAAAUGCGAAAAAUAAAAUGCAUAAGAUGACAAAGGAAACCAGUGAUGCUGGAGUAAAGAUGUCAGCAACGUGGAUGGGCCCCGUGAAAUUGCAGGGCUCAUGGAUCCCCGAUUAAGAGCUUCAGAAUCAGGGUCCAAUGGAAAAAUCAGAGAGCCAGUUGAGUAGAGUUGACCUAUGCCCCAAGUGGAAUGGGUGGCCGGGGCUGGGGUCCAGCUUUCCAUUGCUCUCCAAUCACCAAGUGAAGGGUAUCCAUGGGCUCCUGCUCGCCAUCACUUACAAUGAAGCCUCCUCUCAAAGCCUCCGUCUCCCAGGUAACAAGAGGAGCUCAUGCCCAUCUUCUGUUCAAUUCGUGUCAUGUAAAUAAUGUGCUUUUAUUUUUCUUGGGUUGGGGGUUUUAUAUCUAUGUUACAUGCGUGUGCAUAUGUCUGUAGGGAUGUGUACAUGCAGACAUAUAUGACCGUGGUUUCUAAGCUAACUGCAUAUCCUAGAUAGGCAAAAUGUCCUUAUAACUUCGCACUUCUAAGUGAAGAUUCAGACCGAGAUACAGCCAUUGUAUUUAUGGAAUGACAAUAAAAUAUAAGCCUUAUUUACUGCUC